CGAAGCUCGAGGAUUUCCGAAUGGAAAAGGUCGUUCUCUCUUAAAAAUGGCUGCGGCAGUGAGAAACGCGAGAUUUUUAACAAACAUUAGCCGUUUAAUGAUACAAAGUACAGUAUGUAAAGCCAGUGCAGUAUCCGUGGUCCACAACAGACACUCUUCCAGUGUAAACAGAUGCCCUAAUUUAACAAAACAGCUGUGUCAAGUACAGCCUCUGCAAAUUCAGAAAAGGUAUGCUGGAGGAAAGGCCUUGUACACAAUGGAAGAAGUGGAAAAGAGGAUAAUGAUUACAUUACAGUUAUUUGAUAAAAUUAAUCCAGAAAAGCUGGCCAUGGAUUCACAUUUUAUGAAGGAUCUGGGAUUAGACAGUCUUGACCAAGUAGAAAUAAUCAUGGCUAUUGAGGAUGAAUUUGGUCUUGAAAUUCCUGAUGAUGAUGGAGAACGGUUAAUGACUCCAGCUUUGAUUAAAGGCUAUAUUUGUGAUAAAGAAGACGUGUUUGAAUGAGCAAGAAAGAAUGAGUACAGGUAUAGUAGUACAAAGGAAUUUUACAUGUAUAUGUGAUACGAAAGUACAACUGUACAUGAUUACCAGAAUGGAAUAAUUCUUCUUGACAGGGCAAUGUAACUGUUGUGUUAUAAAUAGCACAUAGCUGUUACAUUAAAAAAAUUCAUCAUGCAUCAUUGACAUAUCUUGUUCCAUCAGGAAUUGUAGAUUCCUUGUAUUGCUUGAGUACUUAAUGUAGCAGAAAUGCUGUUCAACAUGAGAAUGCUAGAUCAUAGUCACAGGUUUUACAUGUAUAUCCAUAAGGACUUCAUUCUGGAUUGAUAAAUUAACAAACAAACAAAAACAAAACAGACUUUCAAUUUUAUGAAGGAAGUUUCUAACGAAUUAUCAUGAAUAUUAAUGACUUGUACAUUUAGUCAGGAAUUACAGAAAUUUGAGACCCAAUUUUAAAUGUACACUCUGUUUAUUUCAGAAUACCCUCUUUGUUUAUGAAGAACAACUGGGCAGGAAAAGUAAAUAUCAGGAUUUGUGUUUUAAAGACUUUGAAUUUAUGAAAGAAUGAAAUUUGACUUGUAGAUGUUUGAUAUUACAUGUGUACCAAGAA